CAUUUAUUGUAAUUUUACAGUUUCCAAAUCCGCAACGAAUCGACAUAAGUGAGACAAAAUGAUGCAGCCAGUAAAAAUGAUUUUCUCGGGCUUAGCUCGUCGUGGUUUUGCCACCACUUCGAAGGCAGCAGCCGCGGCACAACAAAUGACCGUGAGAGAUGCCCUCAACAGUGCCUUGGACGAUGAAAUGGCACGCGAUGAACGUGUCUUCAUCAUGGGCGAGGAAGUGGCCCAAUAUGAUGGUGCCUACAAGAUUUCUCGCGGUCUGUGGAAGAAAUAUGGCGAUAAACGUGUCAUUGAUACUCCAAUUACCGAAAUGGGUUUUGCCGGUAUCGCUGUUGGUGCUGCCAUGGCUGGCCUACGUCCAGUUUGUGAAUUUAUGACAUUUAAUUUUUCCAUGCAAGCCAUUGAUCAUGUUAUCAAUUCAGCUGCCAAAACAUUCUAUAUGUCUGCCGGUAUGGUUAAUGUACCAAUUGUAUUCCGUGGUCCCAAUGGUGCUGCUGUUGGUGUUGCCGCCCAACAUUCACAAUGUUUUGCCGCCUGGUAUGCCCACUGUCCUGGCCUCAAAGUAUUGUCUCCUUAUGAUUCUGAAGAUGCCCGUGGCCUACUUAAGGCCGCCAUUCGUGAUCCCGAUCCAGUUGUAUUUUUGGAAAAUGAAGUUGUAUACGGCACAUCGUAUGCCGUUGAUCCAAAAGUCUUGGACAAAGAUUUUGUUGUGCCCAUUGGUAAGGCUAAAAUCCAAAGGCCUGGUAAACAUGUUACACUUGUUGCCCAUUCCCGUGCGGUAGAAACGUGUCUUUUGGGCGCUGCCGAAUUGGCCAAGAAAGGUAUUGAUGCCGAAGUUAUUAACUUGCGUUCAAUUCGUCCAUUGGAUGUUGAAACCAUCUUUAAUUCCGUUAAAAAGACACAUCAUUUAGUUACAGUAGAACAAGGCUGGCCACAAAGCGGUAUUGGUGCUGAAAUCUGUGCCCGUGUCAUGGAGGAUGAAACCUUCUUCCAUUUGGAUGCUCCCGUUUGGCGUGUCUGCGGUGUCGAUGUACCCAUGCCAUAUGCCAAGACAUUAGAAACACAUGCACUGCCACAAGCCAAGGAUGUUGUCGAGGCUGUUCACAAAGUUUUAGGAGGCAAAAAGUAA